AACAACAUACAAUAAUUAUACUGAAUGACAUGAAAUAACUGUAAUGCUGUCAAGGUUAAUAUCUACAGUUACUGUAGAAAAUUAUGCACGAAACAUUUAUAGAGUAACAUUUAUGAUAAAAAUUGCUCGAAGAUAAUUGCCUUGUUAUAAAGAAAUGUAAAUAAAUAUGCAAUCAAUGAAUGCAAUAUUACAGCUGUAUAUGCACACAUGUAGUAAAUAAGAAUUGAUGGAAUUCAAGGAGUGGGUUUGAUAAUAUGUGAUUGUCACCUUGAAAACUGAUUUAAUUAAAGGAAAAAGUCCAAGAUGGCCAAGGAUGAAAAUAAGGAAAAAGAUCCAAGGAUUGAAAUUGAAUUCACUCCAAAAUAUGAUACAUCCAGAGGUACAGAUCAGCCCCCCAGGAAAGGUCCCCAUGAAGAGGAGUUUGUCCCCCCUGAUGGGGGCUGGGGGUGGGUCGUGUGUUUCACGUCGCUCCUGACUAACGGAACAGCUUUCAGCAUCCUCAACACUUUUGGCAUAAUAUAUGUUUAUUUGGUCAAGGAGUAUGCGAAAGGAGAUCAUGCAAUUGCCUUCAAAACAUCAUGGGUUGGAUCUGUUUGUACAGGAAUUACUUUUCUGAUGUGCAUUUUUGCCAGCAUUUGUAGUGACAGAAUUGGUAUCAGACCAACUGCAUUUUUCGGCGCGGCUUUGGGCGUGAUCGGACUUUUCUCCAGUGCUUUUAUUACGCAACUGGAACUUCUGUAUUUAACUUAUGGCCUGUUUCUUGGAAUCGGUGGAGGAUUCGUCUACUCCCCCUCUUUAGUCAUUAUUGGUCACUAUUUCAAAAAGCACAUGGGCAUUGUGAAUGGAAUUGUAGCUUUUGGAAGUUCAAUCUACACAAUCAUCCUGUCCAUUGUUUUACCGAUUGUCCUGGAAUCGCUGGGUAUCAAGUACACUUUUAUGAUUCUGGGAGGACUAUAUUGCAUGCUUCUGUUAUGUACUUUAACAUGGAAGCCGCUUUUUCACAGAGAAACCAACCUGCCAGAAUUGGCACUGUCAACAGAGAGCAUUGUACAACAUGCUAGUGACUGUUGCUCAUGGACUAGAAAGUACCUUAACUUGAAGAUAUUCAAAAAUCGAGCAUAUCUCAUUUGGUUUUUGGGACUUGCUGUAGCGCUUUUCGGGUACUUCGUGCCAUUUGUGCAUUUAGUCAAACAUACUCAGGACAACUUUCCCGGUUCAAAUGCUUUUAUUUUGAUCACUUGCAUGCAAGUGACUUCUGGAGUAGGACGAAUCGUCUUUGGAAAGGUAGCGGAUCUGGCAUUCGUGAACAGAAUCUACAUGCAGCAAUGUGCAUUCGUUGUAAUGGGCAUAGUAACAGCUUGUAUUCCUUUCUCUGCCAGCUUUGAAGGUCUUAUAGCUAUCUGUCUCAUUCUCGGAAUCUGUGAUGGUAUCUUCGUAUGUUUAUUGGGUCCCAUUGCGUUUGACAUAGUUGGUCCCCUGGAAGCCUCACAAGCCAUUGGUUUCAUGCUUGGAGGAUUUUCUAUUCCAUUUACUGUUGGUCCACCUAUUGCAGGGUUUCUUUACGAUCAUCUACACUCAUAUGAAAUAGCGUUUGUAGCUGCUGGUGUCCCACCAAUCGUGGGGGCGAUCAUGAUGUGUUUAAUUCCUAGAGUCCAGCAGAGUUACCCUGCUGCAACAGAAACCCACACAUUUGCUUCGAUCUCCAUGUUAGAUGUUUACCAUGCUAGUACAAGUAGAUCAGGUCAGUUGAAUCAAUUAAAUCAAGUAAACGGUGUCAGAGGUCAUUCAGGAACUACUUCCGAGCUAGAAGUAGUGCGCAUUGUAGAACUUCCAGAUCCUGCUGAUGUAGGACAAAAACUUUUAGAUUCGCAAAACAACGAUAUCAAAUUCAGGAGCAACGGUUCUAAAAGGUCUAACGACAGUGAAGGUGACACAUCAGAACAAGAUUGUGAAUCACUAUUAGAGAAGGAAUCAAACAGCUGAUUAGCGAUGUUUGUUGUUUUUGUUAAAGUGCUAGUGGUCCUAGUACAUGGAUGUUCAAGUGCUAUAGAAUUGUUAAUAUGAGAGGCUUAACUGAGUAGAUUGGCCAAAAAAUAAAUGUAUACAUAAUUAUGUAUACGUAAGUCAUGCAAGACGCCAAAGAAAAAGCUUUACAUACUUUUUGUUUGACCAAAAAGAUAACUGCUAUUUUACACAUGAAACAGUCCAAGUUUGAAAAAAAUUAAGUUUCCAGUAUUCAGUCAAAAUGGAUUUUAGUUGCUAGUAUAUUGUUUGAAAAAAAAAACAACAAAGAAGUAAUGUUAGAUUAUACAAUGUAAGUCUAAAUUCAGUUUAGAAUUUUAGUUGUUUUAAGAAAAAAAUUAUUUUAAAGCAAUUUUAGAUUUAUUUAUCUAAAUUCAGUGAUUUUAAAACAUAUGGUGUGAGUUGUGUAUUUCCUCUUUCAGCAGGUCUGAUAAAUCGUUGUUACUUGUGAAAUUGUGUUAACGUUGUCAUUUAUGACACACAAAUGAGUUAUAACAUUUGAAAAUUUUAGAGUUGUUGAAUGUUUAUAAAGAACAUAAAUGCACAGACAAGUGUAUUGCACAUUUAUUAAAUAGAUGACAAAAACUA